AUUCAUACAUAGUGCAUGCUACAUGGCGUCUGCAAUUUUAUUAUUAUCAUAUUUCUUCUGGCUCGCAGAAGUAGGUAACUGUAAUGACAACUGUCAGUAUGGGGCACUAAGAUUGGUGAAUGGAAGUGCUUCUUAUCAAGGAAGGCUGGAGAUAUGCAUUGACUCUGUAUGGGGAAGUAUAUGUGGUGGUGCUUUUGAUGCUUUGGAUGCUAGAGUUGCUUGCAGACAAUUGGGAUAUGAAGUGGAGUAUGAACAAACUGUAAGUGUAUUGUAUGAUGCUUAUUAUCACGAGGGUACAGGUCCAAUAUGGCUCAGUUAUCUUUACUGUACUGGAUCUGAGAAUUCUUUACUGGAUUGUAAUAUGACUCAGGGUAUUGGUAAUACAAGCUGUUCUCAUGCAAAUGAUGUUAGCAUUGUAUGUCCAGCUAACUCAUCAUGCACAUCUGGAUCAGUGCGACUCACUGAUGGACUAAUACCAACAGAAGGAACUGUUGAAGUGUGUAAUGAUGGAGCAUGGACUAGUGUCUGUGAUAGCAAUUGGGGGUAUCAAGAGGCAUUUGUAGUGUGUAGACAAUUAGGUCUACCAGCAACAGAUGCACAAGUUGUUUCAUAUAUUAAUUCAUUUGGAUAUGGACAUGGACUUCCAAUACUCUAUAGUUGGAAUUGCUAUGGGAAUGAAUCAAAUUUAAAUGAUUGCUUGAAGUCAACAGUUUCAAAUUGCUUUAACACCAAUUAUGGUUUGUACAGAAUUUCUGGUGUUAGAUGUCAAGGAAACAUUGUACCAACUUCAGGUAGUUGUACAAAUGGAGACAUGCGUUUGGUUGAUCCCAAUGGUCCUAAUUUAAUAGAAGGAAGAGUAGAAUAUUGUAGCAACGAAGUAUGGAGUACUAUCUGUAGAUAUGGAUUUAAUACUCCAGAUGCUCAUGUAGUCUGCAGAAAACUUGGAUACCAACAUCCACGUGCUUUGGUUUUUUCUACGGCGUAUUUUGGUCCAGGAUCUGGUCCUAUCACACAUAUAUAUUUAAAUUGCAUUGGAAAUGAGUCUCGCUUAGAAGAUUGUUCUCUUAAUAGUGCAAAUGUAGCCUUUUCUCAAUCUCACACGAAUGAUGUUGGCGUGAAGUGUUUAGAAAGAGUAUUAACUGACUGUAUUAAUGGUGAUGUCAGACUAGUAAAUGGUACUACGCCAGAUGAAGGAAGAGUGGAAGUUUGCAUCAAUGGAGAAUGGGGAACUGUUUGUAGCACAUACUUUGAUGAAAGAGAAAUUGGUAUUGUUUGUAGUCAACUUGGUUAUGAUGGACAAGAAGGAUUGAUAUUUCAAUAUUCUGAGUUUGGUGGAGGAAAUCUUGAACAACUUAUAGGACAUGUUUAUUGUACUGGAUCAGAGGCUAAUCUAACAGAAUGCACAAUUUAUCCUGGUUUUUCAUGCAGUUAUAGGAGUACUGUUGGCAUUAAAUGUUACAACAGGAACUGUACACAUGGCAAAAUAAGGUUAAUUGGAGGUGAUUCUAACAAUGAAGGUGAUUUUCAAAUAUGUUACGACGGAGUGUGGGUUUAUGUUUGCAAUUACAUUAAUUUCCUUUACAACUAUCCUCCACCUGAUGAAAAUGUUAUAUGUAGACAACUAGGAUAUCUUGAUAAUAAUUGGAAUUCAUACUUCCUAUAUUCCUUUGGUGAAGAUGGACCAAUAGUGCUUGAUAAAUUCCUAUGUAAUGGAAAUGAGCUCUCGCUGACUCAAUGUUCUAAUAAAAGUGCUUCUGGCAACUGUUAUACUUUACAGACAUAUGGAUAUUUAUGUUCAAUUGUUGUUAACUGCAGUGCUGGAAUGACUACCUUAGGAGGAGAUAAUGAAGGAAGAGUAGAGAUAUGUACUGAUGGUAUAUGGACGACAAUUGAUGCAAGAUACUGGAAUUAUAAUAAUGCUAAAGUUGUUUGCAGGCAAUUAGGAUAUUAUGAUACUUGGUCUGUUGCAAUUACUGAUACUAACUGGAGUGGUAAGAAUGAAAGAGUUGGUUAUACAUACGAAUGUAAUGGUACUGAGAGUAACCUAGAAAAUUGUUCAAAAUCUCUACCUUCAAUUAACGCAGACUCAUGGUAUUAUGUGAUACGAGGUGGUAUAGAAUGUCAGCACAAUGCUAGUGAAAAUGCUUGCAAUACAGAAGGAUCAAUACGGUUAUCUAAUGGUGGUGAUUCAAGAGAAGGUAGAGUUGAGAUAUGUCUCAAUGGAUACUGGGGUACAGUGUGUAGUACUGGAUGGGAUGAAAGAGAUGCUCUAGUAGCAUGUACACAGGCUGGGCAUCAUACAUUGAGAGCAAUACCAGUGACUAAUGGAUACUUUGGAAGAGGGACUGGACCAGUUCACAUGACAGGAGUUGAUUGUACUGGCAAUGAAGAGAGUCUUACUCGGUGUUCUUAUGUUAAUGGUAUAGGAGCAACCAACUGUUAUCAUGCUAAAGAUGUUGGAGUUAUGUGUAAAGAGUCUCCUAUUCGCUACAGUGUGACCAUUGAUACUGAUACUGAUGCUGUUUCUAUUGGGAGUAGAGUAGUACUUACCUGUAAUGUAUCUCCUGCUCCUCCUGUUAACAGUACCUAUCACUGGAGAAGGACUGUAUCAGGAACAUCUUCAUUCACACAAUACAGAGAUACAGAUCCUAAUGUCACACUAACUAUAAAUGCAGGACAUACAACUCACGGGAACUAUUACUGCAUAGUGAAAUACAAUGGAGCAGUGAUAGGAAUGGGACAUACUGUAAUAUCUGUCAAAGGGUUAUUGCAGUCUUCUGAUACCAGUAUUCAGUUGAAUAGUGAGAAUGGCUUUGUUGGUACCUUGACAGUGAACAUAACAGACACUACUAUAACUGAAUAUCUUCUUGAACUCAACUGGUAUUAUAAUGGUAGUAAGAUAUCAAAUUCCAGCAAGCACCUCAUUAACAAUGGUAACAAGACACUUGUCAUCAAUAAUAUUACUGAUGAAGACAUUGGAGAAUAUUCUGUUAGAUUUGACUUACUAAGGUUGUAUCAUUAUAACAAAGACUGUCAAAACAAGAUACUGCAAUUACUACGUGGUUAUCCUGUGUUGAGCCCAUUAAGUUUCAUUAUGGUGCCUAAUGGAAUUUACGUUAAUGAAGACAGCACUCCUAAUUUCUUGAAAGGUUUUGUUGUUUUUAACAAUGAAUCUCCUCAAAUAGCAUUGACCAGUGAUAAUAAUGAAGGAAGUGUGUCAUUGUAUCACAAUGGUAUUUUAUUGCUCUCUAAUGGUACCUAUAAUUACACUAUCAUUCAUCCUUCAAUUACUGAUUCUGGAUACUAUGAGUUUCAAUUUGCUCUUGAUUCGUCAUCAGUACUUUCUUCAUUAAAUUGUCCUAGUUCAUAUCAAAGCUUCCUUGAUUCAUCCAGUUAUUUGGGACUAACUGAUAUAUUUCUUGAUGCUGAUGUACAGAGGCUAGAGUAUUAUGAGUCUCCAUUUGUUAGUUUUAAUGCUAGUCAAACCAGUUUUAUGCAGGAAUACAAUGUUCAGCUGUCAUGCUCUGUCAGUGGUGGGUAUCCUAGGCCUCUCUAUCAUGAUAUUACUUUGAUUAAGAAUGGAGUGGCUAUUGCUAAUAGUACAGAAUCAGAACUAGUUUACAAUACUUCUGGUAGCUCUAAGUAUGGUCUUUAUCAGUGUGCAGUUGAUACUACAGCUCAGUAUAUUAAAAAAGAAAUCUUGUUGGAAGAGAAAUUUCAAUUUACUGUUAGCCUAAAUGUUAAUGAUUGCAAUAAAUGGGAUGAUGUUUUGAUAUUUGAAAAUGCUUUAAGAAACCGAACAAAACAUUCCUGCAUGUGUUCAGUCAAAUAUAUGAAGUUUACUGAUUCUGACAUCUUUUGUUUUGAUGAAAGGGCUAAACUUAACUUUUCUUCAACCGUGAUAUAUGCAGCAAUAGAUGGAUCACAAACUGCUUCAGACUUGGUAUCAAUCCUAUUUAAUGACUUUGAGACUAAUAAGUUGUUAUGGAUAAACAAUGUGACAGCACUUUCUAUUGCCUCACCUUUAAAUGAUGAUGAUGAUGAUGAUGAUGAUGAUGAUGAUGAUGACGACAAUGACAAUGAUGAUGGUAGCAGUAAUGGUAAUAAUUUUACUUCAUUGAUAUGGUUGUUUGCAGCAGGUUUUGUAGCUUCCUUUAUCAUAUUUAUCAUAUUCAUUGCAAUAAUAUGUGUUUGUAUAAAAAAAAAGCAGUACAAGAAAUCUGCUGAUAGCUAUACACUCAGAGAAGUUGCUAAGGAAGAUUGUGAUCGUUAUGAUAUUCCUAAGCUGUAUGCAGCAACAGAGCUUCCUACAAAAGAUAAAACAACACCUAGUUUAGAAGACAAAUUUUAUAAAGAAGCUGAAAUGUAACCCUAUAAUAAUAAAACAUUGCCAAUGGGGCUUAUUUUUAUUGUCAUGUCAUUAUUUAAUUUAAAAAUAGAAAAGUAUUGGGCGUGGUUAUUGUA